AGAUUUCUCAUUAGUUAUGGGGCCCUGUGCUGGCUGGGAAGAAGAAUGCAAGAGAUUAAACGGCGUCGUGGCAAGUAGUCAUCUGAUUGAUGAUGGAUUGAUCAUAACGAGCAAAUACCAGCAGCAGCAGUAGCAACCUCCGAAUACAGAAAUAUUCUUUUCAUCCCAACUCUCCAAACCUCUUCGAAAUGCUCCUGCAAACAGCCGCCUCCGCCUCCUCUGCCGUCCUCACGUCACCCUUUCCCUGCCGCUACUGCUAUUCCCCCAACAAUCUGACCCAUAACUCUCCCUUUUCUUCUUCCAUUUUGCCUCUUCUUGAUAUCAGGUUUCAUCCGCGGCCCAAAUCUACAACCAUUUCCCUCUGCCGUAAUGCUAAUACCAGAAGAAUAACUCCUCCACGUGCCACUCUGCUUGAGGCCCCAGUUCUCUGGGCCGGUCGCCUUUGCAUUUUCUACGCUCUACUGAAAGCUGGGUUGGCUGGAUCUCCUUCUAAUCCACUUGUUUCAGAUUUGGAAAGUGGAGCUGAUGAUUUGGGGUUCUCUAAGUGGUUUGACGAGUUGAGCAAACCAGAAAAGGAGGCAGCUGACAGAAGAAAACUGGUGAGCAAAUGGCAUCCUACAACAAAGGGUACCCUUAAGCGCAAUUACAGGGUCCUCUCUAAAUCUGAGGGAAGGCGUCUGCUUAAAGCUAUUGCCUCCUUAUUGUCAGAUGAUGAUCAUUUUAGAGAUGCCACAUCGCACAAGGGCUGUCAAAUUAGGAGGGAAAAUGCUCAUGGAGAAAGUGUCUGUUGUAACAAUGUGCGCGCCUUGUUUGACGAACUCCCUACACCACACCUGAUAGUUGAAAUCACGCCUUUUCCUUCUGGGCCUCUUACGGAAAAUGAUUAUGCAAAGGCUGAGAAACUAGAAAGGGUGCUUAGAUCUGGUCCUUCUGUUUAACAUCUGUGUUCGGGACUUUUCUUGUAUGGAUCCAGUUAUUUGUACAUAUUUGCAAUGACUAGGAACUUUUUUCUUGUUUA